AGUUGAUCACCGUCGCGAUCGUAGACCUCCUCCCGAUUCGGACGCUCCUCGGAUUCCGACCUCUUCUAUGUUCGGAGCUCCAGGUUUGAGAAAUGAAAAGCUCCCAGUUUUGUGUCAUUUAAGGUCUCAAUCUCUAAGGUGGUGGAGGACUGAAGUAAUGAUGUUGAAUCCUUCAAUCAAUACUCUGUCGAGGGACUUGGAUAUGCUAAGGAUUGAAGAAGACCUGCCUCCUGGUGCAGAGAUGAGUAUGGUGCUGCCUGACUUGGACAGAUUGAGGCUUGUACAAGAGCCACCUGCAGGUGCAGAGAUUAGUAUGGUGCUUCCAGGUUUGGACAGAUUGCGGCUUGUAGAGCAGUCAACUGCGGGCGGAGAGGAUGUUUUUGUAAGGCUGCAGAGAAAUGUUUCGGAUUACCCGCCCCCGGGCGCAGAUUAUACUCUUACAAGGUAUAGGCUGUUUAAAGAGUUGAAGAGGCUGCUGCUAGAUUCACCUGCAGGGAUUAGUGUGGUUCCCCCAGACUUCUACAAUUGCGAUAUAAUGUUGUGGAGUGUUAUUAUAGCUCCUCAUUCUUUGGAUUCUCCUUGGGAGGGAGGUGCAUUUAAGUUGACUCUUCAGUUUACUGAGGAGUAUCCACUCAAACCACCAUUGGUGCGAUUUGUUUCUCAAAUGUUUCAUCCAAACAUUUCUGCAGAUGGAAGCAUGUAUUUUGAUAAUUUACAGGAUCGGUGGCCUCCUAUAAAUGAUGUGGAAGAUAUUCUCAAGUAUAUCCAGUUUCUAAUUUGUCAUCCCAACCCGAAGUAUCCUGCAAACUCAGAAGCUUUCUGCAUGUACUUCAGUGAGAACAGACUUAAGUACAACCGCAGAGUGAGGAUAAUCGUGGAUCAGAGUUGGAUUGCUGACUAGUAACUUCUUAGGCAUUUUCCGCAAGCGUCUUCUCCGCUAGGACCUUCAGGUCCGCAGAAGGAAGUCCAUCCAUAUCUGCUGCGCCAUUCGAAGGGCUGAUCCUCAUCAAACGUGGCGCAGAAGGCACCUACUGCAAGCAAG